ACAAUCACCAACAAUGGCAUACAACAUAGAAGCUGUGCCGGAGGUUAUGAAGGGUGUAGACCUAAAGAGAUACAUGGGUCGUUGGUACGAGAUUGCUUCUUUCCCUUCGUUUUUUCAGCCUGCAAAUGGCGUGAACACUAGAGCCACCUACACUCUGAACAAUGAUGGAACUGUUCAUGUUCUCAACGAGACAUGGAAUGAUGGAAAAAGAAACUCCAUAGAAGGAAGUGCUUAUAAGGCUGACCCUAAUAGCGAUGAAGCCAAACUCAAGGUCGAAUUCAAAGUUCCUCCAUUCUUGCCAAUCAUUCCUGUCACUGGAAAUUACUGGAUUUUGUACCUUGAUCCAUAUUAUCACUAUGCUCUCAUUGGUGAACCUACUAGGGCAUUUCUUUGGAUUCUAUGCAGAGAGAAUCAUUUGAAUGAUGAAAUCUAUAACCAAGUUGUUCAGAAAGCUGUUCUUCAAGGGUAUGAUGUGAGCAAAUUGCACAAGACUCCACAGAGUAAUCCUCCACCUCAGUAAGAAGGUUUUCAAGAUAUUUAAGGAAUUUGGUGUAUUAAUAAAAUCCUUUUUAGGAAAUAAAUAUAUAAAUGGAUGGGGGCAUUAUUAUGUGAUAAAGUUUGAACAAGUGUCAUGAAUAAGGAGUUCAAGAACUCUAAUAGGAGCAGUUUAAAUUGUAAUACUUGUAUUGCCUUGUUCUUUCAAUAGACUAAAAAUAAGUUGGUGUUAAUCUGAUGUUUAAA